AUGGAGGCUGGAAACCACAGCAGGGUGACAGAGUUCAUCCUUUUGGGGCUCACGGAGGACCCUGUGCUUGGUGUCAUCUGCUUUGUGAUAUUUCUAGGCAUCUAUGUUGUCACCUUGGUAGGCAAUGUCAGCAUAAUUGCUUUGAUAAGAAGCUGUGCGCAGCUUCACACCCCCAUGUACCUCUUUCUUGGCCAUUUGGCUUUUGUGGACAGUGGUUGUUCCACAUCCGUCACACCUGUGAUGCUUAUAGGAUUCUGUAGACAAGGAGUGGCCAUCACCACUGCUGGCUGUGAGGCCCAGCUCUGUUUUGUGGUCUUCUUCGGGACAGCCGAGUGCUUCCUAUUGGCCGCCAUGGCCUAUGACCGCUAUGUGGCCAUCAGCUUGCCCCUGCUCUACUCCACCCACAUGUCCCCAAGAGUCUGUGUCCUCUUACUGGGAGCUUCCUAUCUGGGUGGGUGUGUGAAUGCUUGGACAUUUGCUAGUUGCUUGUUGAGUCUGUCCUUCUGUGGACCAAAUCAGAUAGACCACUUUUUCUGUGAUUUCUCCCCUUUGGUGAAACUUUCCUGCUCAGAAGUCUCUGUUCUUGAAAUUCUCCCUUCCAUCUCCUCUGGGUCCAUCCUUGUUGUCACAGGGUUUGUCAUAGCUCUCUCUUACAUCCGCAUCCUCUUCACCAUCCUGAAGAUGCGCUCCACUGAAGGAAGACACAAGGCCUUCUCCACCUGCACAUCCCAUCUCACGGCCGUUACGCUCUACUAUGGAACUAUCACCUUCAUUUACGUGAUGCCCACGUCCAGCUACUCCACUGGCCAGAACAAUGUGGUGUCUGUGUUCUACAGUGUGGUGAUCCCCAUGCUGAACCCCCUCAUCUACAGCCUGAGGAACAGAGAUGUAAAGGAGGCCCUGAGGAAGGCAACUGUUAGGAUAUAUUAUUAGGUUCCA